CAGGCUGCACGGUAGGACCGCGGCCAGGGGAGCCGGGCGGGCAGGGCGGAGGCCAAGCCGAGGGGUUGGGGUUGUGGUUGCAGUCGCCGCGGCUGUUGGGGCGCCUGGCGCUCCGUCCGAGGCGGGUGGCCGGGUUAGGGGUCCCGCUGUGAGGCCGGAGGAGUAGGCUGGCGCCCAGAGAGAUGCUUCCAAGUUGGCGGGUGGCGGGAGAGGGGGCCGCGCGCCCCGGCGCAGCUGCUUCGUGCGCGCGGAGAGGGACUCGCGUUCUUGGUUCUCUCCAACCCUGGGACCCGUUGUGCGGACAGUAUUGGGCAAGCCAGGGAACGGAGCGAUUUUCUCCGAGAAAGUUGAGAAUGGAGCCCUUCUUUCCACGCUGGCCCCAAGAUGGGAUGGGCCCCGAGAAUGCCGCCUCGACGCCCCCAGUGUGGGGAACUCGGGGUCGCUGCGCCCCUAGUUAGAGCGCAGAAAUCCCCGAAUCGCUCCGAUCUUCACGAACUCUGGUAUCUUCUAGGAAAAUCAUUACUGCCAAAACUGAGGCGAGCUUUUCUGGCGGGCUCGGCUCCCAGCCCCCAGGGCGCUGGCACUGGGCGAUGCCCCCUUUCCGAUCUCAGACGAUCUUGGGGGUCAAGGGCGCCAGGCUCCGAAUUCGCGCUCGGGGUGCACACAGGCAUCGAGCCUCACCAACACCGGCGGGCAAAGUGGCUGGAGUAGAUUCACUGUGUGCCCUCUUCGCUUGUUCUACAAUGAGUGCCAAAUCUGCUAUCAGCAAGGAAAUUUUUGCACCUCUUGAUGAAAGGAUGCUGGGAGCUGUCCAAGUCAAGAGGAGGACAAAGAAAAAGAUUCCUUUCCUGGCAACUGGAGGCCAAGGCGAAUAUUUAACUUAUAUCUGCCUGUCAGUGACAAACAAGAAACCCACACAGGCGUCCAUUACAAAGGUCAAACAGUUUGAAGGCUCCACAUCAUUUGUUCGGAGAUCACAGUGGAUGCUCGAGCAGCUUCGCCAGGUUAAUGGUAUUGAUCCUAACGGGGAUUCUGCAGAGUUUGAUUUGUUGUUUGAAAAUGCUUUUGACCAGUGGGUAGCCAGCACAGCGUCAGAAAAAUGCACCUUCUUCCAGAUCCUUCACCAUACCUGCCAAAGGUACCUCACAGACAGGAAGCCAGAGUUUAUUAACUGCCAAUCCAAAAUUAUGGGAGGAAACAGCAUCCUCCAUUCAGCCGCCGACAGCGUGACCAGCGCAGUGCAGAAGGCAAGCCAGGCCUUGAAUGAGCGUGGAGAGCGAUUAGGCCGAGCAGAGGAGAAGACAGAAGACCUAAAGAACAGCGCCCAGCAGUUUGCAGAAACUGCACACAAGCUUGCCAUGAAGCACAAAUGUUGAGAAACUGCCUAUUCUGGUGACCCUUCUUAAGAGAAGCCGAAGAGUUUGUUCAGCAGUUUUUACAAGAAUUCCAGACCUCUGCUUGCUUCUUGUUUCUCAAUAUGUGGACACUUAGAGUGGUUUUUGUUUUUUCUUUUCGGAUGUUAAUGUGAAAGAAAGGGUGUUGCAUUUAUACAUUUCCCUAAUGAUCUUGCUAAUAAAUGCUACAACAGCAUCAGCUUCAUUUUGGGUUUUCUUCCCCCCACUGUGUAUAUGUAUGUAUGUGUAUGUUUUGAAUAUGUUUUCUUUAUUAAAAAAUAUUUUUUGUAGUUUGAAUAUGAAAUUUGGACCAAAUGAUAAACUGAGCUAGGUCUAAACUGGCAAUAUGUGUUUUUUUUCUCUGAUAGUAAGCAGGAAGGUGUUUUAAUGUGGUGACAUCAGAUGUUAUUUUUCCUAGAUGAAAGUAAAAGUCAAGCAGUGAUUAGUUUCACUCACUGUCCUAGCUACACUUAAUUUGAAGAUUAAAAUUCUACAUUGUGGAAAAUAAUUGGAUUUAUCGGGGAAAACAGCAGUCUUAGAUUUUGCUCCUUGCAUAGUAAUCUUUUGCGUGAACCAUCACCAGCAUU